AUGGACCCUUCAAAUCACGAGACACUCGAAGCUCAGCAGCUGCACGGCGCACUGCCUGACCAGUUUGAGCAGACUGCGCCGAAUGAUCCACUCUCGCGUAUGCCGCCUCGCUCGUCCGACGCACCCAGACAGCCAUCCACAGCUACUCCUCAAUACCCCUACAACGUGUUUCCACCCAGCUCAUCCACCAACCACCAUUCAUACACGCCUAAUGUCCCACAAUCAGUCACGCAGUCGGCACUUGCUCUCCUAAGCUAUCAGUCUCCGUACAUGUCAAGCCAGGUUGCACAGGGCUUCCACUUCCAGCCUCAGUUGGGCCCUCAUCCUGCGUUCCAGAAAAACGCCCCGACGUCUACAGUCUAUCCUCCUGGUGCAGUACCCAUCGCCUGCCCAUCCGCGCCUCUUCAGAAUGCCGUGGCACCCUCGCCAUUGGGACCAGCUUCGACUUAUGCCAAUCUCGUGCACGCAUUUACGCCUACUGCCAUUCGACGCCCUACGUUUGCGCCACCAGCUCCCACUUCCAUACCCGCCAACCCUGCCCUGGCGCUUAUCAAGCACACGACCGACACAUUCAACGCCGCUGCUACUAAUGAUCCUGUUUAUUACCUCUUGUACCGCCGCUUUCUCGAGGCUCAACCCAAUGUCGCCUAUCCAAAGCUCGUUUACUACCUACGCCUAGGGCUUCAGAUUGGUUGGAUCGGCUUUUUGGGUCGCGAGGGACGUCAGGAGGAAAUUGGCGACACUGAUGCUCUCGUCAAGGAGCGCAAGGACAUGAUCAUAUGGCUAGUGCGCCAGUAUGACGUUAGCCUUAAGCAGAGGGCUGGUCAGUAUCUAAGAGGCCAAUUGGCUAAGUUUGCUCCACUUAGCUUUGAUCCUAAUGAGGUCUCCCCCGUCGCACUCCUUAUAGAUCAUCUUUACGUCCUUGAGACCGAGAUCUUCUAUAAGACUGUGGAGGUUCCUGGGCCAUCUAGGCAGGAGUACCGCAUUCGUGUCGUUACCUACAUCGACAACGACGGAGGCAUGCCUAAGGUACACCAGGACCUCAAUAUCUGGAAGAAGCUAGGGUUUGCUGGUUUGUCGCGUAUGUUGUCUAACGCAACGUCAAACAUCCAGUCUGCCCGGUUUCACUACAACAAUGGCUGGGAGUGUGGCGGCACUAACGGUUAUUGGUUGUACCAGAUCGUUUCGGAGGAACCGGAGGGACCGGAGGAACCUUUAAUGCCGCUGGCAUCCGACGCCGACCUGGGGGAGGUGAAGAAGAUCCUGGCUCAGGGCCAGGGCAUCAUCGUCAGUCACACGCAGCAGUAUGAGAUUUGGGAGAAUCUCAUACUCGCAGACAUGCUGGGACUGACCCUGGAUCGCCCUGGCCAAGCCUGCAAGCCUCUUCCCCCGGGCUACCUCUCCGCCAUCAUGAGGGAGUACCCUAACCACAUGGCCUCCUCCUACCUGAGCAAUAGGGUCGUGGCUGCUGGCGGUCACGGCCUUGCAAUUCGGGUCAGGAGAGGUCGUAGGUCGGAGGUCGUGCGUCGUGCCAAGCGCAAGCAGGACAAGGAGAGAAAGGGUCUCGGUGCCCUCGCCACCAGACCCAAGGAGGUGUAA